UCUCUCAUUUCUCUCAUAGCGUGUUCCCUCAUGCUCUCCUCUCCGUUCACACUCUCCCCGUCCGCUUAUCUCCACUCCUCGCUCACUCUGAAAUGUCUCUCUCACCGAAUUUGAUUUCACUCUUUUAGGACUCAUCUUCAUUUCAGAUUGUUAUUUUGCGUGCUUACUUGAUUUCAAGAAAUGGACUCUAGUUUAAUCAAUCCAAGAAAUUUGAGCCGCAAGACAAGAGGAAAAAGAAAGAUAGAAGAAAGCAAUGUUGGGGAUAAAAAAGAGGAUGGAAGAGGUUACUUCACAUGGAAUUUGGACAUGGAGCGUGUUUUAGCUGAAACACUUAGACAUCAAAGAGGUUUGGGCCGCCAAAAUGGAGUACGGGAAACAGUGGCAUACAAUGUUCCAGCUGAUAUUUUGUCUACACGCUUCAAUGUUCAGCUUAAUGAAGAGGAUGUCAAAAACCACAUCAAACUUUGGCGAAGAUGGUAUAGGAUAGUUAGUGAUAUUCUCUGUCAAAGUGGGUUUGAUUGGGAUGACACAAAAUGCAUGAUUACAGUCGAAGAUGAAAAUGCCUGGAAUGAAUAUGUCAAGUCACAUGAAGAAGCCAAAAGAUUCCGAUUUAUGGUCAUUCUGAAUUGGAAUGAUAUUGUAGAUAUAUGUGCGGAAGAUAGGGCAAGUGGAGUUCAAGUAGAACAUGCAUUUGAUGAGGAUGAUGUCAUGAGCAAUGAAGCAAGUGUAGAUGAAAAAGGUUCAACUUUAUAUAUUGAUUCAGAGGAACCAAAUUCCGCAACAAAGAAAAAAAUACAAUGUACCUGUGCUAAUAAAGAUAAAGACAUAGAGGGAAUGAUAAAUUCUAUGAGAGAAUUGGCAGAGUCAUUGAAAGAUUUUGUGCAAGUUAGUAGAAAAAAGAUGGAAGGAAUUGCUCAAGAAGUGGUGCAAGAAGUGUUGAAUGAAACGAAGAUAAUUUUCAAUUCUGAUGAUACUCUACGUUAUAAAGCAAUAAAUCAGUUGAUUGAUAGUCCGAAGAAACUAACCGUUCUCAAAGCUCUUCCAUUGAGUGAGAAGAAGAAUUAUCUCUUAGCUUCUAUGUAUUGAGACCAAGUAGAAGAAUAAUGGAGGAUUGUAGUACGAAAGCAUGAGUUGCCCUCUUGAAGUCACAUUUUGUGUAUUUGACAUUUGUUGUAAAAAUUACUGUUUUUCAUAGUUUAUAUUUUAGUAUAAUAAUAGAUGCGGUAGAUAUUUGUUAUAUGUUUGUUUAUAUUAACAUUUUCUUAAUCUGUAGACAAAAUGUUUAUAACUACUACAAAUUCACACACGAUUGUGAGAGCCAAAGUUUGAACUCUGGUAGUAACGUCCAAUAUAACAAUAUUGAAGUAUAAAAGACAAUCAUAUGAUAGCCAAAGUUUGAACUCUGGUAGUAACGUCCAAUAUAACAAUAUCGAAGUAUAAAAGACAAUCAUAUGAUAAAGAAUAAAUAGAUGAGGGCUAAUUCAACACAUUUCAGAAUAUUGAGAUGAAAGUGUGCAAGGGACCUUUUAAAUAAUAGAAGAGAAACAAAGGAUUUUGAGC